AGCCGUUACGUGCGAGGUGAAUGAAUCAGCUGAUCUCGCAUUCUUGCACGAUCUCUCACACAGAGAAGGCGACACAGCUGCCGGUGAAUACAGCGAGGCUGUCUGCGAGCACCUAUUAAGGCCUCCACCAACCGAAACUUCCAUCUCUUUCGCGUUCUUCAUCUUGAUCGGCCAUGGGAGGGGACUGGACCUACGGGCUGUUCGGCUGCUUCGGGAACUGCGGCAUGUGCUUGCAGACUUACUUCUGCCCGUGCAUCCUGGCCGGGCACAACGCCGAGGACACGGGCCAGGGCAGCUGCUGCCUCUGCGGCGCCGCCUUCUUCGUCUACUGCCUGGGCUGGUGGUUCGUGGCGCAGAGUCGAACCAAGACGCGCGAGAUGCGCGGCAUAGACGGUUCUUUCUGCAUGGACCUCGUCUACUCCCUCUUCUGCCCGUGCUGCGUCAUCAUUCAGACAGCGAGGGAGCUGAAGGACGCACCCGGUGCACAGAGCAUGCACAGAUCCUAAAUGGAGUGACACCCAGCACCCUCUCCCACACCCAGCAUCCCGUUCGCAGCACUCUUUCUCCUGCACCACUCACACACCCAUCACUCCCUCCAGCCAUCAAUUCGCCCCUUGCACCCAACACUCCCUGGCCCGCACCUUGCACGGUAACAUCUCCCAGGGGAGGAAGCAGGGCAGUGGCCCCCGACUGAAGAUUCCAUCCACAACUCCCCUCCCUGUCACUGAGCAGCAACUGUGUCGUCAUCAGCGUGAUCCCAGCGCCCCCACCACACCAGGAAACAAGACUCGCAUUGGCCCCCGAACCGCACGCAACAACCAGGACAGGUUCUGAUAUCCCUCGCCACUGAUGUUAGCCGUGCCCGGGAAUCAAAUUGAGGUCGCCGGGUUUGAGCGCAACGUGCCAAUCACUGCGGGCACGGGGUGGGGGGGGGGCUUUCUGUUAUGCGCGACGGACGGUCGCUGCGUCUGCCUCGAUUGUGCUUGAGAGUGGUGUGUGUGUACUUGAGUGGUGAGUGUUUGUGUUUGAGAGUGGUGUGUGUUUUUGUGUUUUAAAGGAUCAUUUGCUUCGUGGUUUUGUCCGUGUGCUUUUUAAUUGCACACGGUUAUGGAUCCCAAUAAAAUACAGGUGUGUGUUCCCCUA